CUUUAUAGUUAUACCACUAAUAAAAAGGCGAGGAAAGGCUACGCAAGGAAUAAAUAUAUUGGGGGUAUAUUAUAUAUACAUUUUAAAUACUACUAAUAAAAAGGAUCCUUAAAAGGUAAAUUUUUUUCUUUUUUGAGGUCUCCACCUGAAGAAAGGAAAAUCCAAGUCUCUCUCUCUCUAACCAUGAGUCUCUUCGGUCUGGGCAGAAAUCAGCGAACAUUCCGUCCAAAAAAAAGUGCACCUUCAGGAAGUAAGGGUGCACAGCUUAAAAAGCACAUCGAUGCCACCUUAGGCAGUGGAAACUUAAGGGAAGCAGUUAGACUACCUCCUGGGGAGGAUUUAAAUGAAUGGCUCGCAGUCAAUACUGUGGAUUUCUUCAAUCAGGUGAAUCUGCUCUAUGGUACCCUCACUGAGUUUUGUACUCCUGAGAAUUGCCCCACAAUGACUGCAGGACCUAAGUAUGAAUAUAGAUGGGCUGAUGGUGUGCAAAUCAAGAAGCCUAUCGAAGUUUCUGCUCCAAAGUACGUUGAAUAUCUAAUGGACUGGAUCGAAUCACAGCUUGAUGAUGAAUCCAUAUUUCCUCAAAAGCUUGGCGCACCAUUUCCUCCCAAUUUCAAGGAGGUGGUGAAGACUAUAUUCAAAAGACUCUUCCGUGUAUACGCCCACAUCUAUCACUCUCACUUUCAGAAAAUUGUGAGCCUUAAGGAGGAAGCUCAUCUGAAUACAUGCUUCAAGCACUUCAUAUUGUUUACUUGUGAAUUUGGGCUGAUUGACAAGAAAGAGUUGGCUCCACUCCAAGAGCUCAUAGAUUCCAUCAUAGUCCCCUACUAAAUAUAUAUAUAUACACGGAGGGUUGGAGAAUGGAGAUCCUGAUAAAGAGUUUUAUUUUAGGGGUUGUUCCAAAAGUAGUAAAGUUUGUUUUAUUAGUAUGUGACCUGAAAAAUUUAAGUGUCUAUAUUCUCUAUGUUAUAAAUGCAAAUCCAUAUGCCAUAUUCCUUGGAUUUAAAA